GCUGAGUUUCAAGUGGCCGCAGAAAAAGUCUUGUGCUGAGACGCGCAUCCAAUGAGCGCCUCCAAAAAGACUGCCCCCCUCCCUCCAAAAGAGAGAUUGAGUUUCCAUAUUUUUUACACAUGACGAAAAUGCAUAAAGUCCACAGAAGGCAGCAGUCGACUCAGCACACACAGGUGGAGAAUGGAAACGGGUCAUGACCAGGAGGAGUUUGCACUGAGUGGACUUGUACGACCUGCAUUGUUUUAGAUCGUGCGCACUGGAUUAUUCUCUUCAUCCUGAUCUGUGCCUCUCACCGCUUUCACUGAGCUUGCACAUUUAAUAUCGUUUUGUUUUCUCUCAUGGUCAUUGCAUUCUUUAUUGAAUGCAAACAUCGUCAUGUUUAUCAGAACAACCGUUCUCCUCUACUUUGUGGUCUCACUCUCAAAACUUGUCAGUUGCAUGGAAGGUGAACUUUGCUUCCCUAUUAAAUUGGAUAACCAUGACAGGAGGGAUUCUGACAACGACGUGGAUAUCCUGAAUAGAAAAUGUGUCAUAAAAAUCAGAGCUUUCCAGCAGGAAUUAGUGAUUGAUUUAUACCAGGACUCGAAUUUCAUUGCGCCUUCAAUUUCCAAAGAAGACGCACUCUGGCUCUCCAACUCCGAUGUCACCACUGACCUGAGCCGGUGUUUUUACUCCGGAUAUGUGAAUGCUGACCCACAUUCCUACGCUGCUUUGAGCCUAUGUAAGGGCUUACAAGGUGCAUUUGGCUUCCAAGGCUGGGAAUAUUUUAUCAGCCCGGUGCAAAAUGACACCACAAGCGCUGAAGGUGCGCACAUCAUCCGGCGCAGAGCCAGCGACAACCUGAAGCUCAAUUCAACCUCAAGAUGCGCCGUGGACAGCGACAUAAGCCUCCAGGUUGCGCAAUCGCUGGAGAAAUACAAGCGAUUGAAAGAUUACAACAAUGUAACCGAGACGAUGCUGGGGAGGAUGGGGAGAGCCAAACGGUUCGCGUCCAUCCCCAGGUACGUGGAGACGCUCGUGGUGGCGGACGAGUCCAUGUUUCAGUUCCACGGAGAUGACCUCAAACACUACCUCCUGACACUGAUGUCGGUGGCAGCGAGGCUCUACAAACACCCCAGCAUCCUCAACUCCAUCAACAUCGUAGUUGUGAAGAUCCUGGUUAUAUCCGAGGAGGACAAAGGACCCAAGGUGUCCGGGAACGCCGCCAUGACGCUGCGGAACUUUUGCACUUGGCAAAAAAAGAUGAAUAAAAACAACGACAAGAUGCCAGAUUACUGGGACACAGCGAUACUUUUCACCAGACAGGAUCUGUGUGGAGCCUCCACCUGUGACACUCUUGGCAUGGCGGAUGUCGGCACAAUGUGCGACCCUAAGAGGAGCUGCUCUGUGAUCGAAGACGAUGGCCUGCCUUCAGCCUUCACCACUGCUCAUGAGCUUGGACACGUGUUCAACAUGCCACACGACAAUGUGAGAGCCUGUGAGGAUGUGUUUGGGAAACUGCAGGACAACCACAUGAUGUCUCCCACUCUCAUCCAGAUCAACCGCACCAGCCCCUGGUCCCCCUGCAGCGCUGCCAUCAUCACUGAAUUCCUGGACAGCGGGCAUGGGGAAUGUUUGCUCGACCAGCCACAGAAACCGCUGGUCCUCCCUGACGUGCUGCCGGGAUCAUCCUACAUCCUCGACCGUCAGUGUGAGCUUGCGUUCGGAGAAGGAUCCAAGCCCUGUCCCUUCAUGCAACCACCAUGCGGCCGUCUGUGGUGCACAGGAAAAUCCAAUGGCCACUUGGUGUGCAUGACUCGGCACUUCCCCUGGGCAGACGGCACCCACUGUGGGGACAAUCAGGUCUGCGAUAGAGGGGUCUGCACCGACAAACACUCCCAAAAUGUGAAGGUGGACGGCCGCUGGGGGAAGUGGGGCUUGUUCGGCGUCUGUUCACGCACAUGCGGAGGAGGCGUCCAGCUGUCUAAAAGAGAGUGCAACAACCCAGUUCCCUCAAAUGGGGGUAAAUACUGCCAAGGAGUUCGGGUCAAAUACCGCUCUUGCAACCUCAACCGCUGCCCUGACACAGGUAAGAGUUAUCGUGAGGAGCAGUGUUUGAACAGUGGCCGCAAUUUCAACAGCAACCGCAUCGAUUCCUCUGUGGUGUGGGUACCCAAGUACUCUGGAGUGUCCCCAGAUGACAGGUGUAAACUGGUCUGCAGGGCGAACGGCACAGGCUACUUCUACGUCCUGGCACCCAAGGUUGUGGACGGGACUCCAUGCUCCCCAGACUCCACAGGAGUGUGUGUCCAAGGGAAGUGCAUUAAGGCAGGCUGUGAUGGGAAAAUUGGCUCCAACAAGAAGUUUGAUAAGUGUGGAAUCUGCGGUGGUGAUAGCAAAGGCUGCAAGAAGGUGUCAGGACUCUUUACAAAGCCUGAGCACGGCUACAACUUUGUGGUCAUGUUACCAGUGGGCGCCGCCAACGUAGACAUCCGUCAGCGAGGCUACAAGGGAUUGAGGAGUGACGACAACUAUCUGGCGGUUAAAAACAGCGUGGGCCACUACCUCCUCAACGGGAACUACAUAGUGUCAGCUGGAGAGAGGGACAUCAUUGUCAAGGGGAGCCUGCUGCGCUACAGCGGCACCUCUGGACUUUCUGAGACCCUACAAGCCGUGAAGCCCUUGGGAGAAUCCCUGACUGUGGAGGUUUUGUGUGCAGGCAAGAUGACGCCUCCUCGCAUCCGUUACUCCUUCUACCUCGCCCGUCAGACCAAAGAGGACAAGUCUCUGAAGAAGGACGGACGUGUAAAUUCCCAUAACAGUGUCCUGGCUGAGGAUAGUGUCAAGGAGAAGGGGGGAGACACACUGAAGAAGUCUUAUAGCAAGGAGGAUCCUGCUCUUGGAAAGUGGAUAUCCACAAACUGGGACCAGUGCUCAGUGACCUGUGGAAGUGGGACCCAAAGGAGGAUGGUGCAGUGUCUGAGAGCGGACGGGAAGCCAGGGAUGGACUGUGAUCCUUCACAAAGACCUUCAGCAAUGAGGGUUUGUGGAGACCCUUGUCCUGAGUGGAACAUUGGGCAGUGGUCACCUUGCUCCAGAACCUGUGGGAAGGGCUUCAAGAGACGACCGUUGCAAUGCAAAACCCAAAUUGGGCAUCUGCUCCCAAGGGACCACUGCACUGGCUUACGCAAGCCACAGGAGCUGGACUUCUGCAACCUAAGGCCUUGCUAGUGACUAAAACCUAUAAACUACAAAUCUUUGUUGUGUUUUAUAUGAACUUAAUUGAACCCACCUGCAAGUAUCACACACAAUCUGUCUGUCGGGUGCAGGUUUUCCACCCCUGCAUCAUGGGACACUUGCUUGGAAGAACAACAAGAAUAUUGGAAGGCGAGUGAAAGCUGCGGGACAAAUGCUGGAAGAUAUUUUUCACUGCCAUCACUCUGGCUUUAAAAGACAUUAUCCAGGUCUAACUGAUGGCAAAAUAACAUGAUAGAAGGUCAAAUAAAAUGUAUUUCAAUCCCUCGUCCUACUUGUCAGCAGAUACAGAAUUUGAAAACAAUCAAUCUAGUUUACCUUAUGAGUCUGGAACAUAUCUCAUGUCACAACAUUUUAACUGUUCAGGUUUCAAAGUUUUAGAGUCUUGCAAGUAGAUCAUUGAAGCUUUUUGAUUGUCCAAGAAAUUACCUUAUUCAUUUGUCAAAACAGCAAAUAUAUCAGGAUUGAGGUGCAUAACUUUUUACAAACUGGACAUAAAUGUAAUGAUCACAAAACUUCACACUGAGAACAACAAUUUAAUGAGAUUUUCAUUGAGAUCUUCAUCUGCAAUCUCAGGUCACAAUCUGACAGAGCGCUUUUUAGCUUUUUGUCAUUGUUUUCAAUAAGGGUAAAGCAUUUGUUGAUUUUUUAUGUGUUUAUUUCUGCUUACUGCUCACUUCCUUUAUCCAGUCAGAUGAAUUGAGAGGAUAGGUGGUUUGAAAUGUGAAGCCAAUGCAGAAAUGCCUUAAACUUGCAUUCCAACGGCGGGCGAUUAAGCUGGUUGCAAAAAGAAUUCAGUUUGCAUGCAAGUCAAUAGGAAAAUAACCCUACAUCUCACUUGAUUUAUUACCUCAGUAAACUUCAUCAUAAUGAGUUUAUGGUCUCAAUUAUUAGUUUCAAGUCUUCUUCAAUACAGCAUGACAUCAUUUUGCAGACUGUGUUUUCAGCUCGUCAAAAAAAGUUUUGUUCAGUUGCACUAAAAGACAAAAGGAGUUGGCUGUUCAUUGGAAUAACAACUGUCCCCUGCUAAUCAAGCUAGAUAGCUAGCAUUAGCUGAUGAUGGAGCAUCACUCUGGCUUCUGAUACAUUCGGCGCACGUCCACAAACAAGGUGCUGUUUUUUUUAAAACUGUGUGCUUUAACAAAAAAAGGUGCCCCUCGCUUUUUGAAACCUGCAAAAAGCGCUCUGUCUGAUCAAGGCCUUAUCUGUGUUUUUUCAGGGAUUCAGAAACAAAACAGAUCACAUAAUUCAUGUGGUUGUGUACAGAUGUAGCUCUGUUUUAACAUAAUUUUCUGCUGCUUUGUUUAUACCAUGCAAAUAUGUAUAUAUAUGUUUUAAAAUCUGUUGGCUGUUUGUUAACAGCUGUCAGAUCAAGGUUGAUAAAACAUUGGACAGAUUUCUACCUUAACAACCACUUUUUUAUUUACAUGAUUUACUCCCAAAAACACUAGAUGCAGCCAGAAUUUCUCCUCCAAAACUAGGAAGCUGCAGACAUUGAUUUUCUGCAGAACCUCACUCAGCACCAGUCAUGGAAACAGUUUAAACUAGAGUCUGAAGUCACACUGGUGGCUUUAAUAACAAAGCAGAGCAGAAGACAACAGCCAGUGGUGCCUGACUUUAUCCCAACAUGGUGCUGCUCAUCUGAGAUAAGAGCUUAGCCUGAUAUCACACACACGCUGUGUUCAAUUCCGGCCUUCUGUACUCAGUACAUUUGAUUGCUUCCUUUAUUUCCUUUAUCAUUUGCCCGUAACAAUUGUCUUCUAAGUUCAUAGUGUUCAGCUAUGUUGAGUCAUGCCUGUCUGGCACAGUUACUACAGAUAAUUUAUUAUCAAUGACACGAUAAAGCUGAGAGGGGAAGAAAAACUGGCAUGCCCUCCGUAAUGCUGUACAGAUUGUGUGUUUUCCUGGAUCUCCUUCUUCAUGGCCCCAAAGCCCGAGCCAAGCUGGGGGUUUUUCUACACACACGAUGAAAUCCUGUAAUCCAUUAUACUCUUGUUUUUUUUUUUUGUUUUUUUUUUAAAGGGGCCACAUUGUCCAGUCCAACAUCCAACUACAGGAUGGAUCCUGCAUCAGUUGGAUUUUUAUUUUUUAUCAGCUUUUGCACUUUGUACAGCAAAAGAAACCUAUGACCUACAUGGGCUGUAUUGUAUACUAUGUAUAUAUUUAUUCAGCUCUGUGCAAAAAUAAUUUGUAAAUACUUUUUAAAUCUUUUUUUUUUACACAGGCAUUUGUAAUUGUCUUUGACUUCAGUGUAUUUAUUCCAAAAAUAAAGCCAUUCAUGACCA